AUGCCGGGAACGACCCACUACGAGUCCGUUCAAGCUCGCCGACUGGUCAAGAUUGGCAAAGAGUCGGUUGAACACGUGUGUCGCACUCUUCAGACCCACCCGUGACUUGGGCAUGUGGCCGCCGUCGGCCUGUCGCCUCUGGGUUGUGCACGUGAUGCUGGCUUCGCAGCCGUCGCGCCGGAUGCUGACCCUUAUCGCGCCCCGAUCUCGUUCAUGCAGGUGUCCGCCACCGAGUUCCCUGGCCACUACCCUCACGAAGACCAUGCUUGGGACUUUGCUCACUUCCAAGAGCAUCUCGCCGUGACAGUCAACUCGCUCAGUGACCAGGCGAUCGAGUUCGACCUCGUCGGCGUCGACGCCAGCGUUGCCAACGCGUUCAGGCGCAUUGUCAUAGCAGAGGUCGGUCCACCUCGCGUUCAUCUUCUUGUCACAGGCGUAGCCUUCGAGCCCCGCUCGCGUCGGCAAUGCGGCAGCUGUGGUCGGCAGAGCAAGCCACGCCUGGACUCGUCGACCCUUCGCUGCUUGGUUUGGGCGCCUGGGCCCCCCGCUUCUCUGUCACGGGUCGAACAAUCUCUGAUCCGGAGGGGCUUGUCUUGGUCGCCUUUAUGCGUAUUCCAGGUGCCGACAAUAGCAAUCGAGACUGUAUACGUUUGGAACAACACGACGAUUGUGCAAGAUGAGGUGCUCGCGCAGCGGCUGGGGCUGAUACCUCUUCACAUCGACCCUCGCAAGCUGCAAAGCAAGCAAAGUAAGCGGCGGCAGUCGGCGCCCGGGGGCAAUCGACCGCGCACAGGUGUGGCCAUUCGCUCAUCUACAUGGCCCCUUUCCUCGUCAGGCCCAGAAGACGAGCCAACAGACCUCAACACGGUUGUCUUCAAUCUGGUCGCCCGCUGCGAGCGCCGCAAGGACGUCAAGAAGGGAGAGAAGGAUUCUGCUAAGGUCUGGACUGGUACAGAAGGUGCGUCCGCCGCGCCAUCUCCCAAAUACUGCACCUUGAUUGAACACCAGUACCUCUGACCGUCUGAGGAAAGUGCCAUCGCAUUCUGCGCACCGCAGUUCUGUCUUCGCAGUUGGAGUUUGACCCGAAAGGAUCGCAGGCGGAACUCUUCGGCCAUGACACACCGCGGGCUGCCGCCAGCGACAUCCUUCUCGCCAAGAUGCGUGGAGGCCAGGUACGAUGAUGCACCACCACGGAGAUCUACAUCAGACGAAGCCGGGCCGAGCGAGCCGACCGUGACAUGGCCGCAUGCUGACGUAUGUGGAACGACUUUCAUCGUGUGCGCCCAGGAGAUUGUGGCUGAACUUCACUGCAACAAAGGGAUCGGAAAAGACCACGCGAAAUGGUCCCCUGUCGGUGCGUUGUUGACGAAGGCGCAGGGCCGACCAUGGCCCCGCAGAAGCGCACUUAGGGAAUCUGAACUCACUCGUCCCACGCCGGUCAUCGCAGCUACUGCCUCCUAUCGGUUGCUUCCCAGGAUCACACUGAAGCAGGACAUACCCGCAUCAUUGCAUGUCAAGUUCGCUGCGUGCUUCCCGUCUGGAGUCGUAGACAUCUCUUCGGGAUCCGUUCGCAUCGUCAAUGCUCGCGCCGACACGGUCAGCCGGGAGGUGCUCCGUCACGCAGAGUUUGAAGAACUGGUCGAGUUGGGGCGCAUCCGGGACCAUUUCAUUUGUAGGUGGCCGCCGGAGUGUUGACUCGCAUGGCAUCGCUCUGUUGGUGCUUACUCGCCGCUCCUCUCUGCAGUCUCGAUCGAGUCGGCCGGGCAAUACAACCCGGACGAGCUAUUUCCUGCAGCUGGGGACGUCCUCCUGGCCAAGAUCCGAAAUCUGAGGCAGUGCCUCCGGGCCGCCAUGUAG